UCUGGUGGCCUUGCAUAACACACGUUGGAGCAGCCUUGAACGCAGGACUUGGUGUUUGCUUCAGCAGUGGGGAACUUCCUUUACCGUCAGCCCGUUGCAGGGGCAGCGUAGCCUCCAAACCGGAGAGUCCAGAGAGGAAGGGCAGAGCUGGAGCAGCACAGGCUCCAGGAGAGGAGAGCGGCACAAAGGAGAGAUUCAGGAAGAGGAGUCCUAGGAAACACGUCUUCAACACACAUACGCUCUGACACACAUACACACACACUGAGGGGCAGGAAGAAUCCUUGGACAUGCUCUGCAAGCAGUGGCUGUGGAGAGACUGAUUCCUGCCGACAUUGUGGAAAAGGUGGAUCGAUCAGCGAUGAUUCCUCAUGAAGUCGAUGGAGCUCAUUUUGUGAGCUGGAGUGACUCCAUCUUCUCUGGCCUGAGACCUGAAGCUGUCUACCAGUGAACACGAAGACAGCCAGAGCCACACAGCGCAGAGGGAGGCCGGCCCCUGCACAUAACCACCGAGUGGAGGAGAGGGAGAAAGACGGAACCCAGGAGAGCAUAGUAGUACUACCUCGGAACAUUAAGACCACCCUGCCACAAUGAAAUCCAACCAGGAGAGGAGUAAUGGAUGCCUGCCUCCUAAGAAGCGGGAGAUCCUGGCUAUGGAGCAGAGGCCAGUGGCAGUAGCCACAGCAACACCUCCAGCUGCAGUGGUUCCUGACAGUCCCCACACAGAGAACCUAGCGUGGCUGGCAAGUGUAGCCAGUGAACGCUGCAAAUCGAGGGAUGCAGAGAGCCCGAGAUGUCCCAUCUCCUCCACUUCCUCCUCUUCUCCUUCCACCUCUAUUCCUCCUGCAGCCACUCCUCUGUCUGCGGUGCCCUUGGCCUCUCUGCCUGCAGUUUACCCCACAGCCCUUCCCCAGCAGGCGGGGACUAUCCAGUUUGCUCAGUUGGGACCCAACGUUCAGUUCAUCAGCUCUGGGCCCUACGCUGGCUACAUCUCCUCUCACAUCAUUUCCACUAAUGCUAGCUCUGCACCUAACAGCUCUGCCAUAGGACAGCGUUCCCACCUGGAGGGUUACACCACCGCUCUCAUCUCCCCCAACACCAAAGGGGACCAGCAGUUUCAGAUAGGCCUCUCUCCCACAGAACUGGCUCCCGUGUCGCUUCCAAGUUCUCCUCAAGUCACGAGCCAGUACAUUCAUCUGGACAGCAGAACAUCCCUGACUGUCAGCGGAAACGCUGUCACUUCACCCACAGCUCACCUGCAGCUCCACCCUCACACUGUCCUCCCUCAAACGCUUACCCUCGCUCCAUCCCAGCUGGUGGUUCAGUAUGCAGAUGGUUCAGCUGGAAAGAAACCAGACGGGCAUGCUAAGGGUGUGCUGAACGGAGAAUUGGAGGUUGUCAAACAGACUAAAGCUCCCAGUCAGCCAGCGAACCAUCAGCAGGUACAGAGCUAUGAGGCGAGACAUAUCCUCCUGCCCGCAGACUAUGGCCAAAACCCUGCAGGACUCCAGACCUCCUUGGUGCUGGUGGCUCAGCCCAGCCAUGGAGCUGAACGUGACGCUGGCUCAAAUAAGAUCUCCUUAGUCCAGACUGAGAAAGGAGGCAUCUGUUUGGGAAAACCAGUGUCCAAAUCUUCCUCUUUCACCUCCCUCACUUCCUCAGAAGUGGUUAAGUCUGUUCCACCCCAUGCAGUCAUCCAGACCACCCUACCCUCCGAGGAGCUGCCAGCCAGUCUGUAUUCCUCCACACAGCCACCAAUCAUUGGCUAUAUCACCAGUGCAAAUCAACACGCUCUCAGCUACCAUGCGACACUGCCUCAGCACCUGGUCAUCCCGAGUGGCCAGUCCCUCCUCAUCCCAGUCAGUGGCACCAAUAAUGGCACAGAAAUUGAGGUUAGUCGCUCUGUCAGUGCACUGACUGCUACCACUACUCCACAAAUAUCCACCGCCAUGCCGCAUGCCUAUUUGGCCACAGCCCUGUCCAAGUGUGAGGCGCUUGGGCCAGAUGGAAAUCAACCACCCCCUGCCGUCGCACAGGCACCAGCGCUGCCGGUCCUGCCCUCAAACCCGGCUCCUGCAGUGGUGACAGCUCCCUCCCCAACACCCGCUCCUGUCCCCGCUCCCGCGCCUGUUUCCAUCCAAGCCUCUCCCUCCAUCUCCUCUUCCUCUUCCCCUGUGGCGCUUCCUCCAUUCUUUAUGCGAGGCUCCAUCAUCCAGCUGGCCGACGGGGAGCUGAAGCGUGUGGAGGACCUCAAGACGGAGGACUUCAUCCAGAGUGCUGAGAUUAGCAGUGAGCUGAAGAUUGACUCGAGCACAGUUGAGCGUAUUGACAGUGGGCAGAGUCCGAAUGCUGUGAUCAUACAGUUUUCUGUGGGAGAGCUCAAAGCCCAGGUGUGUGUGGAGGUGCUGGUGGAGUAUCCCUUCUUUGUCUUUGGCCAGGGCUGGUCUUCCUGCUGCCCAGACCGAACCACCCAGCUAUUUGAGCUGUCCUGUGCUAAGCUGUGUGUGGGGGAUGUAUGCGUGUCGCUGACCCUCCGCGGUUUGAGGAACGGUUCAGUAACAGACAGCCAGCCUUUGGGGACCAAGCUGAAGACCGGUCUCCUCUCUGACUCCUGUCACAGUGUGGAUGCUUCUGUCAGAAACAGUACGAGUCCAAACACUGCACACACUAACAGUGGCCUCUUCAUGAAGGCUUCCAGUGCAGACCAGCUGGAGGAGAGGGAGCAGGUUGCUGGACCAGGACGAGGACUGGAGCUACCACCAGGAUUGGGACUAGUCCCAGGACAAGGGGAGGGGAUCUACGGUGAUGCACCGGUGCUGGCGGUCUCGGGGACAGGAGAAGUACGGCAGGAAUCAGUGAACACAGACAGACAGAUUGUGCUUACCAAAAUACAAGGUGGUGAUCCAGAGAGACCCGCAGUCCGCAAGAGACGCUGGUCAGCUCCAGAGCGAGACCAGACUGAGAGAGCUGAGGAGGAGCCUCCUCUGACUCUGCCCAAACCCUCCUUCAUCCCUCAGGAGGUUAAAAUCAGCAUAGAGGGCCACUCCAGUGCUGGGAGUGAAAGGUGCUUGAACAGAAGAGUAGACUGUUGAGAGAACUUUUAAGGAAUUUUUGAUUACCUGUGGUUUGCUUUGUGUUUUUCCCCCUCUCUGUUCUCUCUAUCCAGACUACUGUAAUAUAGGCUGAGUUUACACCGUAUUUACAUGUUUUCUUUCACACAAGUCUGAUAUCUACGAUGAAGUACAGUAGAGCACCUUCAUAAGUGGUAUCACAUGAGAUCAGUGCAAUCAAUGCUGAAAGCAAAAAUGAAUGCAGCGUGAAUGUUAAGUAUGAAUGGCAGUCAGACACUUCAGCGUGUCACAUAUCAUAAGCUGGAUCUCCUUUGUCACGUGGCUUAAACCUGUUGGAUGCAGACCAGGCAACCAUUGCUCUUAUCACAUGAACAAGCACAGACCCCGAUGUCAGCGUGUACAAAGUGGGUAACCAUAUUUUGACCCUCAUCCUGUUUAUUUGUUUAGUGGUUUGUGAGUGGUUGGCGUCAAAGGAGAGACCUUUGGUGUUUCAAUGCCAAUGCUCAGUCACCGCGGCUGUGAUCUCUGCUGCCUUGUGUGAUUAUCUGACGAGGUUGUGAGUUAUAUUUUGUUACUUUUUCCAUGCCGUUACUAAUGUGUGGGCUCCUGCAGGUGACCUCGUGCCACUUGUCUGCAUGUGUACGUGCCUGUUUGUGUUUUCCUGUGUGGCUGUCUGACGGAGCACAGGAUUAAGGUGUGUUGGUGUUGGUGUGUGGCUGUAGCUGGGUGCUCAGCUGUCGAUACAACCUGCAAAUAUCAAGACUGAAAAGGCCUGAAUGUAAAUUGCUGAAUUUGUCCUCAUUACUGACUCAUGAAGUCAUCCACGUGUUGCUUGCCUCACCAACGACGAGUGUGCGGGCCGGGAAUUUAAUAUCACUGCUUUAUGUGGGUGACCGCAGCUACACGUGGGUGCAUUCCUCUGAUGAAGUUUCUCAGUCAAAUUUACCUUUAUAGUUUAUUUGCAACGUCUCAUAAUCCCUUUCAAGAACAGCAUGUGUCACCAGUUAAUGUCUUUAGUUUUAGUCUUUAACCCUGGCGACGAUGUGCAGCAUUUAAAAUCUGCACAAAUAGGUAAGAAUCAAGCACGCGUACCAUGCAAACUGCAAUAUAAACUGUACUUGGUUGACUUACCUAACUGCAUUUCAUUCAUUCUUUUGGCCACCUGGGGGCAGCAAUAUGUUAAAGAGCCAGUGUGUAGGAUUUAGGGGGAUGUAUUGGCAGAAAUGGAAUACUAUAGUCAUUAUUCUGUUUUCAUUUGUGUACAAUCACCUGAAGCUUUAGAAUGAGCCCUUUGUAUCUGCAGUGGGUCGUUUCAGUGGAGUCCGCCAUGUUACACUGCCAUGUUUCUACAGUAGCCCAGAAUUAACAAACCAAACACUGGCUCUAGAGAGCGCCUUUGGUUCUCCUACAUGAUAGGAAGGGAGGGGUGUAGUGAAGGGUAUUCAGUUGGUUCCAAUCUCCAACCUCACAGCUAGAUGCUACUAAACCCUACACAGCUGCCCUUUGACACAACACUGACACUCCCUUUUAGAUUUGAUAUGGCAACAAUUUUUUGGUGAACAAUUGCAUAAUUACGCAUCCAGCAGAAACAGAGCAAUGUUGACAUUCAUUUGUAGUCAUGUUGAAGGUGGUCGAAUGAAUGUAAGUCCAGUUCAUCCAACUUUCAGUUCUGUUUUGGUCUCUACCAACUCCUGAGGGAAACAUCUGGCCCUUUGGUUAGCUAAAAUUCUCCGUCAUGUUCAGCAGGUAGUUGCUAACGUUGUCUGCCAUUUGGUGCUGGCUGGUAGAUUAUAAUGGGUUUAACAGCUUUUUCACCAAAACCCGCUGCCCACUGCGCCUGAAAUCGACCCCCAAUGAGGGCAGUGAGAGAAAGUUACAGGCCUGAAAAGCGAAAGAGUGAGCUGAAGGAUGCUCUGUUGAUCUGAGAGGACCUGCAGAGUCAUAAUUUCAGAUUACACAUAACCCUCUGACCCAUUGUUGAUAUAAAAAUAUUGAUUAAAGCAACUUUAAAUGCAAAACACACUACAAUUUAAAUGAAUUCUGGCGCAAUAUUUAUCUAUUGAUGGAAAAAUGGUCCCAUCCCAUUACAGUGGCCCAUCCUGUUGCUUUCUUUACAGAAACUAUGGCCUUAUAUAUACACAUAUGUAUGUAUAUACACACACACACACACAUAUACAUACAUAUAUAUAUAUAUAAUUAGUUCACAGCAGCUGACACAACAUGAUUCUUUUAGGGUUUUACAAUUAAAACCUGUUUUCCUCAAUGAUGGUAUGUCUUUCUUAAGUCCAUACCUGUUAUAUCUGAUUACUGCUGUUUUUGAUUAAAUGUCCCUGCAUGUCAAUUCUUUCUUAGAGUAGAGCCAAAAUAAAUAUCCUACAGUUCAUACUCAGGAACAGUGUGUAUCUGUAUGUGUGUGUGUGUGUGUGUGUGUGUGUGUGUGUGUGUUGGCCUGAGGCAGUAUGUGCAUGUCCACAGUCACAUGUGUAUGUUCUAAGCAGCACUUUGAUGAAGCAUCCAGCGGCAGUGCAGUGGUAUUGUCCCUGUUCCCCAGCUGUUAGAUAUGAUGAGAAUAAUCGACUGUUUUUCAAUGCGCCACGUCCUACAGGUUUAUCAUUGAGAGGAAACAUUAUAUAAAGGAGCAGGGAAUGUAAACACACAUCGGGCAAACUAUCUCAACUUUAUUUUUGAUGACAGAUAGAGCUACUAUACAUAGAAAGAAAGAGUUGUAGAGUUAACUAGCCAGCUAGUGUUGAUCUUGUACAGUAAAUUGUAUCCUAGAGAGUGUACAGUGUGUGUAUAGAUAUUCUAACCCUUAUGUAGCCUAUGUACUGUAUGUGCCGCAGCGCCUCCUUCUUCAAUCAUUCCAUUAACUCACCAAUACCAAGUGGUCCUGCGAUCGUUUUUGUCAGUUCAGGUAUUGAUCUCAUGUUCAUGAAUGUGCUACAGUUCUUUGGGAACACCUACAUAAAUUGGCCUCCUCUGAAUUUUAAUUUGACUUGCACACUGUAACAUACAGUAUGUGUGAAUACGAACUGCAAUUUGUCAUAAUAGCCAUGGACCUUUUCUAACUCCUGAAAGGUGUUUCUUGUAAACCCAGACUGUUCUGUUUGUGUUUGACUGCUCAGGCUAAACACUGCCCAGUGACUGUUCUUCUCCAAAAUGAUGUGGUCUUAUAUUUUUCAGUUACGAGGUAGAGGUACUGUUUCAUCAGUUUGUCUUUGUGGCCAUUUUCACUCUCUGAGCGUGGCCUGUGUUUGUAUUAUUAUUUUUUUUUAAUAUUGUUCUUUUUCAAAUACAGACCUGAAAUGACAUGAUAACGCAGACAAAUCGUAAUUGCAGGAUUAAUGCAUUUUGGGAAAUACACUUAGUUGCUUUCUUGCUGAGAGUUGGGUGAGAAGAUUGACACUGCUUUCGCACUUGCAGGGUAAAGAUGAGGCUAAGGCUUGCAGCCAGUUAGCUUAGCUUAGCACAAGGACUGGAAACAGGGGAAACAGCUAGCCUGGCUCUGUCUGAAGGUAACAACAAGGUAUUAGUAGUUAACGCCUAUCUUACAGUCUUCAUGCUUAGAUAAGUGGCAUCUGGCUGUAACUUUAUAUUUACUGUACAGACAUGAGAGUGCUGUCAGUCUUCUCAUCCGACUUCCAGCAAGAAAGUAAAGAGGCGCAUUUCCCAAAAUAUCCCUUUAAAGACCUUGCACACACCCUCAGUUAUUCUGCAUAAUUAGACCCCAGCUCAGGUUGAAGCUGCGAGGAGCUCUGGUGUCUCCAACAGGUGAAACAAGGAGUUGUCAAUCAAUUGCAGUCCUUCCAGUCCUGAGAAGAGGUCUAAUCAAGUGAAAUGUGUGCAAACACCUGUGAGGCUGAACCACAGGUGUGCAGGGGCUUCAUAUUCAAAGGUUUAAUAAUAAUAAUAUGCCCCUUUAGUACACAAAUAUGCUUAAGCAGGGCCCCUUAAUUUCAGAGCCUUUCUAAAAAAUGUUGAAUAUUGUGUAUAAGCGCCGCCUUGUGGUGAUCUAUGGAAUUGCACUUUGUCAUAUGGGGUUUGGAGGGGUGUUUUAGUCUAACUAAUACACAGAAGUAAUGUACAGCAUGUCUGAGAGAAAUUGUACACUAACAGUACAACAUCUCAGCGAUUUGUAAAUAGCCAAAGUCUUCCAUUAUAAUGUUGAUAUGACCUUGUUGCCAGUGGGAAGGAUGAACACUGAUCCCCGUGUACAGACCUUUGAAGUGAAGUUUAAUUUUCAAAAGACAUCAUUUAUUUGACAGAAAUACAGGAUAUUGCUUCACCUAAGAUGUUUUCUUUUGCACCAGCUCAGAAAACCAGGAAAUUACAGGAGUAAAAGACUUUUUAAAAGUGAUUUUGUAAUUCGGGUCUGUCUGUUGGAUAAAUCUCAGCUAAGAUACAGUAUGUCCUACGUACAGUAUGUAGUAUGUAUCAAUAAUGUUCCCUUAUUUUGAUGGUGUUGAGGUUUGCUAGUCAGAAACUGUUAAAUCUUUACUUCAAAUGUUUGAUUUUACAUUUGAUCAAAUAUAUUCAAAGAAAUAAAGAGUCUAAA